GCCGAUUUUGCUGUGACCUUCACCAUGGGCUUCAAGUAUGUCUUCGUUCCAGCCUCUCCCAACGAUGAUAUGCAGGAGAUGGAGUACGAAACAGACAUCUCAGAACUCGAGAAGGAUACGUUCAGAACUUUCGUCGAAAACUUUUUUGCUGCUGCUGGUCAAACUGCAGACAGAGAGAUUCUCUUGAAUCAGUUGAAAGAGAGGACUGGAGUGGAUAUCAAGGAGAAGGCCGACAAAGGCGAGAUGGACGAUAAAAUGUUGGACAAACUCCUUUCGGCCAGCAGCGUGGAGAUCUUUCCAGUACAGCUUCCCACCAAGGAGACUGGCUUUCAAGCUGUUAGCGUGUAUUUGGAUGACAAGGGUGUUGCCAAAAACCUAGAGGAAAAUGUCCGAGUCUCUGGUUUAGUUCAGGCCUGUGGCUAUCCCGGACAGACCAUCAGAGGUGACUGCUUCAUUGGCCGCGUCUUCGAUGACACUGAGGAUGAAUGGAGGCGCAUGGACUUCUGCCUCAAGGACUGCAGUACGGACGCGGAGUGGAUUCACACAACCAAACUGCAACGAGCAAACAGGAAGUCUGGCGACCUUCAAAGCAUGGCCAACUCCAUUGGGGUCAACAACCCUGCACGCAUUGAUCCGUCUAUGCUCGCUGAUGCAGCUCCCAAGGGUGAGACCGCAGACUACUCCUGGAAGCAGUCUGAAGAUGAAGUCGAGGUCACCUUUAAGAAAGAAGGCUUGCAAAAGGGUGACAAGAAGUAUGUGAAAGUCGCCUUUGGCCGGAAGCGCUUAAGAGUAGAGGUGAAGGAGGAGGUGAUCAUUGACUCAACUCUGGCUGGCAACACCACUGCAGACGAGUGCACUUGGACGCUGAGCGACGGUGUCCUUCAGGUAACUCUUGCGAAGGCUGAUGAAGGGAGUUGGCCUGAACUUUUGGAGGCCUGAGCUUGAGUGGUGGGCUAAACCUUUGGCUCAGCCAAGGUGCUCGGUUUGUUAAUGGUAGCUGCUUGACAAAAGCAGGUUUUGAAAACUGAUGCAAUCAGACGUUUUAGAUUAUCGACGUCUACAGACCAGCAGACUGCUUGUACAGCAGAAGCAUGAAUGCUGUGAAACUGCUCAAACUCUGGCAGCAGUGUUCU